CUGUGCGUGCGACUAUAUUAACCGGAGCAGAGCGCUGGACAUUCCUCCGCUGCCCCGACAGACUGUGAUGUGCUCGCGCUCGGGACAGGGGCACCGGCACGCGCCUCAGCGAUCUGGCUUCUUGGCACGCAGGAUUUAGGAACAUAAGGCUACUUAGUGUUUGGUUUUGUUUGUUGGAGGAGCCGCAGAAGCUCAGUGCCUUUUGAAAACAUUAGGUAAUUUCCAAUCAUCUGCCAUGUUUGAGGGAUCUGAGUCCGCGGACACACAGGAAGUCAAAUCUGAGAGCACCCUUGGGUCCUCGCUCUCCGCCUGCAAGAAGGUUUUGUGCAGUAACAGUGUUCUGGAUUCGUCUGAGUACUGGCUGAAGAAUGAUAAGACGCUCUGCAGAAUCGGAUUCCUGGAGGACCAGCAUGACGGCGGCUGCCCGACAAUCUGCUUUGUAAACCUGGACAGACAUACUCCAGAUUGGCAUGAUGACAACUACAUCAAGAAGCUGGCCUCAGUGUGCCCAGAGCUGCCACGGUUAAUUGAGUCUCUCGGAGUGCGGCAACCCAAAGAAAAUGAGAUUCUGCUUCUCAGCAGCCUAGAGUCGCCGGACUCCUGCCAGCAUGACCCCAGCCACCCACAGAGCCCGAGAACAGUGGAUGUCUGUCUGGUGCAUUAUUCCUGUGGACGCCGUCCCACCCAAACGAGCAGUAUCAUAUUUGAUAUAAACAAGUUCCUGAUUGGACUACAGUCAGGGCAGGAGAGGCAGAAGCAUGGCCGACUGGCUGGACAACGGGCUGCUGAAGAUGACACCAAUCGCUCUGUUUCGUCAAUUGAAGAAGACUUCCUCACUGCCUCAGAGCAGCUUGGGGAAGACAGCGAGGAAGACCCCUUCAGGAAUGAUUCUGAGAUUUCUCUCAUGCCGGAGUCUGUUAAGGUGUUGAGAGCUGCCCACGCUCAAAAAAGGAGUGAAAUAGAAAGAGAAGAUAGUGAGGACUCUGAAACCCUCUGCACCUCUUCCAACUCCCAAAAGCUUUCAAGAACAUAUUCCGCCCCUUCAAGAGGUCGACCCGCCACCCCAAAACAAGUAAAGGAGUCAGCCGGUCACUAUGCCACCAAUCUGGCUGAGUCAGUCCUGCAAGAUGCUUUUAUUCGUUUGUCGCAAGAUGAGCCAUCUUUUGUUGCAGAAGCAGCAGUGAGUGUGUCAAGUGAUAUAAGUCAUUCCACUGAGGCGCCACAGAGGGCUCGAGCUUGCUCAUUCGAACUUCCUAAAAUUGUGAUUGUCCAAAGUCCUGAUAACAGUGAGGAGGUAACAGAAUGGCCGGAAGUGCAGUCACAUGCAACAUCAGAGCAUGAUAGAGUAAAUAAGGCCAAAACAAAGCAUGGUACUCAGCCCCCACACAACUCGCCAGUUGGACACCCUGCUAAGCCAUUGGAAAUAGCUUUGGCAUGUGCCGCGAGUGUCAUUGGUACCAUUACCACUCCUCAGGUCACAGAACAACUCACACUGGAGUCAGGAGAGGAAUAUGAGUGUGAGGAUGAAGAGGAAGAGAGUGAAACUGAUCAAGGGGAGUAUUCGUUUUCAUCUGCGGUAUGUGGCAUGUCUCAGGUCGCUGGAGCUGUAGCCGCGAUAGAUCUAGCAGAUGACUCUGGGGACAAUGAAGACUUGGCAGACAUGUAUUCCGCCUCUUUGGGACUUCUGUCAGUCGCCCAAGCUUCAACUGCAAUACCUCUCCACUGUAGCAUAGCAGAGGGCACCAGCGUUGAGGCCUUUAGAGCCAAUGUGGCUGAAGUUCUCCUCAGGGAAGCUUCAGCUGUACUUACACACAGACAGAGUUAUUCAAGCGUUGCAAAUUUCCUUGAGACCACACAUAACAAGAUAGUGGAUGGCAUCACAAAUCCAAGAAGGCCGUAUCAGGAGCAACAAGAUGUGGAUAACUUUACUCAAGAAAUAUCGGACAGUAUCUUUCAAUAUGCCCUUGAGAAGGCUGAGAAGAGAAAAGAACUUGAGGGUCCGGGAAAAGAUGCACCAAACAUUGAGGGUUUCCUCUCGGAUUGUGUGAAUAAUUUGCUCUUUGAUGUACUGUGUGUAACAUCAAGGAAAAUAAGUGACAUUUCAAAAUGUAAUAUGGGAUCAUGUGAUGGGCAAGAAGGCAGUGUCAGCUAUAGGGCAUAUGAGCCUGAUUCCAAAGCUGGCAGGGAAGCAUUGAGCCAAUUACAGCAUUUGAUUGAGCCAAGCCAGGCUUAUAAUCAUGGUGAAAGGCGAAGCAGUGUGGAGAAGUUGUCUGCUCUAAUAGGAAAGAGAGAGAGAGAGCAGAAACACAUACAGGAGGAAAGAGAAAAUGAGCCCAAACUGAAGGAACCCUACAGACUUGCUCUGAACAGAGUGACAGCCACUAUGGUCAAAGAGCAGUCUGACCUGCAAGGGCAGCUGGGCAGGAGUGACAAGAAUGCAGACUCUGCGCUCCCUUCAGCUGAAAGCUCACCGCUUCACAUGCCACGAGGGAGGGCAGGAGGAGAGAACGAGACCAGGCAGCAGUCUUUAUCGUCCUCUUCUGGAGCACUUGUGGCACUUAAAAUGGAUUCGGGUGAGUCCAAAACUCCUGUCACAUGCUUUGCUGAAGACUUGGCGACCACAGUUGUCUCCAUGGCUACAGAGCUGGCAGCGAUAUGUUUGGAGAACUCAAGUGGAAAGCAGCCGUGGUUCUGCGCUUUAAAUGGUGGCUCAGAAUGUCCAGAAGGUCUGCUUCUGCCCUGCCGCACAGCUGCAGCUCUUCGCCGGAAAGAGACACAAAAUGGCACCUCAGUCACCAAGAAGCACAGACCACCACGUCUCAGUGAAAUCAAACGUAAAACCGAAGAACAGCCCGAACUCAUGGAGCGCCUGGUCAACCGUGUUGUAGAUGAAACUGUUAAUUUAGAUGAACCCACAACCUCUGAUCCAUUCGCACUCUUUGCAUCAGAGGUCACUGCCAGGAUAAUGAACUGCCCAGAAUUAAGUGUAGUGGACACUUCCAAAUCUGGGCAGUCGUCCCGCAGCCGCCUGCAGUGUGAGCGAUGGAGUAGCAGGGGGAAGGCAUCAAGCUAUGAGAGCAUUCCAGAGGAGGAUGCAGAUCCCGCAGGGACAUCAAAUACUUUGGGACCAGGAAACAGGCUUGGGCAUAAUUUGAGCCGAGGAAGCUCUAUCUCCAAGCAGUCCAGCUGUGAGAGCAUUACGGAUGAGUUCUCUCGCUUCAUGGUGAACCAGAUGGAGACAGAGGGUCGAGGGUUUGACCUUCUGCUGGACUACUAUGCUGGGAAAAAUGCCAGCAGCAUCCUUGCAGCAGCUGUUCAGCAAGCUGCCUGUAAAAAAAACGGACACCUCAAUGUACGUACAUCAUCUUGUCUCUCAAAGCAGUCCAGCACUGAGAGUAUCACAGAAGAGUUUUAUCGCUUCAUGCUGAAAGAUAUGGACAAGGAAAACAAGGACUACAGUCUGACCAAGACCAAAGAGUGGAGUAAUAGCCUACUACCCCCGUCCCCCAGAACCCCUUUUUGUAUCCGUCAGUCUUCUGUUCCUGACAGGCGGUCCUCAGAUUCCAGACUAACUGUAAACUCGCCCAUCAAGGCCAAUUCAUUCGAUGGCUUUGCUCGAAAUGUACACGGGGACUCGCUUAACAUCUAUCCAACUAACUCUGUGUCAUCAUCUGGACUCUGCAAGUCUGAUUCCUGCUUGUAUAAGCGCGGCCAAACAGACCAAAUCACGGACAUGCUGAUUCAUGAUACCUGGGCCAGCUCUAUUGAGUCUCUAAUGCGCAAGAAUAAGAUAAUUGCAGAGCCGUCAGAGGACAGUCUGGAACUCGAUUCUGCAGACUCACAGCCACAUGUACAGCAGUUUGCUAAUCGUCUAGCAGCAGACAUCGUAGAGAGUGGCAAAUCACUGCUUGGAGGCCAGCAGGACGUCACUGGGGCUGCUUGUCAGCCACAUAUUCCAGUUGGAGAAAGGAGACACGGCUUUAAACAUUCUCGUUGCAGCAACAGUGGAAACCGGCCAAGCAUGGAGCAUCAGGAAAACAGCUGUAGCUCCUACAGUUCCUCCUGUGUGAGGCAGGCAUGGCGUGGACAGAGAGAGGUACCCUUGAUUCACAUUGAACCAGAUCAAAGAGAAGAGGCCUCGGAAGAGAAGGGGAGGGUUGAGACCCACCACAGGGAGGCAUCCCAUCAGACCCAGCAACAAAGUGGCAAAGAGAGUGAGACAGCAACCAAAAGCAGAAAUGGGAACAGCAGCGCUUCUAGUCUGGGACUGGCAGACCUGGAGGGCUUUCUGGACUUUUCCAUCUCCGGCAACUUAAUCAGUGAGGAGAGAGAGCGGAAGACUUCGCACUGUCAGGAUCAGACGGACGAGGUGACGUCGGGCUUGUCGACGGCCGGCAGCAGCUGUCAGCGGGAGCUCCUGGUGCUGAACUGUGACCUGGAGCCAGACAGUGUGGACGGAGAGCUGAGAGCCGCACUGCAGUGGAUCUCUGCUUCUGAACUCGGCGUCCCCGCGCUUUACUUCAGAAAGACUCACCAGCACAAUCUCACAAAGCUCCACAGAGUGCUGCAGUUGGCAGGUCAGAAGGCUUGGCGUGUUGGAGACUUGUUCAGCGCUGUGGCUCAGUUUUGUCAGCUUCACCAGGACCUGGAGCUCAGAGGACGGCCACUGCCCAGCCUGUUUGACUGGAUCCUGAAGACCAAACGCUAGAGCGCCAACCAUCAGGAGACCGCAACAUAUCCCUCCUGAGCUAGCACACGUUUAUAAGCCCUAAAGCCAGUGAGAAAACACCAACAAACAUCCCAUUCCAGAUGCCAAUGCACCUUCACCAAGACUCUAAGAUCCAACAAACUCAACCAAAACCAAACAUCAGCACAUUUUCCAGAGCUCAGCUGUGAAACUGGAGGUUCACAAGACGCCUGCAGCAUUCAUGGCCCCUCAAGACCCUUAGCAUGAAGCUUUCUUAGCUAUCUUGAACCACCAGCACAUCCCACAGAGAUCAGAUCCACAGCUCGCACAAUCCUCCAUCUCGCUCGAACAUGUCUUUGGUGGGAAUUCUGGGAUAUGCUCUAGGAAGAGAAAUGCCUUGCUCAUACAGUGUGUGUGUGCACAUAUCUCUUUAUCGAUUGUGAUUUGAGGAUACUUCCCUUUAAAUUACGCAUGUUCCUGUCUUGACGCGCACGCACACGUAGAUCCGACCCAUUUCCAGCCAGCUAGCGCUGGUUUAGAGAAACAUGGCUUAAACCGACCAAUCAGCCUUGACGUUUUGUAGCUUGCGGAUUUUUGCUGUACGACGACAAACCCGUUUCAAAUGCACAACGUGACUUUUUACGAAGACAGCGCGAGCUCUGGCGUAGAGAUUUGACGACAUUUAAUUCAAUGUUUGUACUUAAAGUGAAAUAUAGUUCGAUCUCAUUCCAAACACACUUGGUUGUUUUGAGUUUACAUCAGUCGUUUCGUUGUACCUCCGAGACUGAGUUCUAUGUUUAGUUUUUGUGUGACUACUGUUAUUUAAGAGAUCUUUUUAUUUUGGCUAGAUGUAAAUAGUCUAGACUGUGAGCUACUGUACCAUCGGGCUGCAAAUGGAAAUGUACGUUUUCAGUUUUCCGACAGACAGGAUCACAGCACUAAAAGUCUCACCAGACUACUGUAAACGUUCGAAUAUAGAAGUAUGACUAUCGCAGAGUAUCAUUAAAGUACAAGUACAGUUUUGUCAAGUUGACGUGUAAACGUGUAAAGUCUGGUGGCGUUUUGGUUUUCUCCGCAUAGUAACAUAAUAGUAGUGUGUUUUAAUAUCAGCAGUGAAGGCACACAGCUGUAUCCGGUCUGUCACGGUAAACCUGAAUGUAUUUAUCUUUUCAAAAUAAA